AUGCAGCCCCUUGCGCACUGCAGGGUCUGCUCUCCCUGGGGCGAGGCUGCGCUGGGCGCACCACACACAGAAGAUAAAGUGUUGCGCGGCGCUGGGACUCGGCCCGAAGCCCUCGUGCCGGCACUCGGCAGCGGCUCCACGACGGAGGCCAAGAGUGGCCGGCUCCGGCUCUGCGGCUACCGACCCCUCCAGGAGAACAGGCGGGGACGGUUGCUUGGCCGGGCAGCCCAUUCCUACGUUGGCCUGGGCCGGGGUGGUUUGGGGAAGGGGGAGCGAAGAGAAGGAAACGGAGCAGUGGCCAAGGAGGAAGGAAAGGAGACUGAGAGAGCUGGAGAAGAACUGAGAGAGCUGGUGAGGAAAGACAGCGAGAAAGACGGGAAGAAAAUAGGAUCCGGAGUGGAAGGGGAGGUGUUGGAACCCCAGGACGCCCCACGUCCGGUUCGAGGAGCACCGGGGUUCCCGGGGCAGUGGGAAGAAGACAACGGCAAAGCAAAGGAAGGGAACACUUUUUUCCGGCGGGAAACUGGUAAUCCAGGCAGAGCAGGUGCACUCGGGGGAGGCCCCCAAAGCCCAUCCCUCUCGCUGAUUCCACCCCCUUACCCCCCCCCCCCCCCGCAAGGGACCCGAUCUCGGUCCCCGACACGCCAGCCGACAGAGCGGCCGCAGAACGUGGCCCGGGGCGACCCCUGGCGGGCGGGGGAGCAGAGCUCGGACCCCCGAGGCGAGCAGAGCCCGGCAGGAGGCGCGGCCAGGAACGCCGGUCGGAGGAAGGGCCUCCGCACACCUCGGAGAGGCAGCCGGUCGCGUCCCCGGCGGUUCCAUGGUGUAAUGGUGAGCACUCUGGACUCUGAAUCCAGCGAUCCGAGUUCAAGUCUCGGUGGAACCUGUCCCUUUGGGCCGAGCCGCGGCCACCUUUUACUCUCUGCUCCAAGGCCCCGCGAGGAGGAACACGAGCCUUCCCGCUCCCGCUGCCCUCGGGCCGGGGAGGGAAACUCCGGGGACCACGCGCGCCGCUGCCGCUCCCGCCGCCGCGUCCUCCGCGCUCCGUCGCCGCUUCCGGACUCGGGGACCAACGAGCCCGGUUCCCAGAGCGGCGCGCCCCGCACAAGCAUUGCAACCACGGCGAGGAGACCCGGCCAGCGCCGCCCCUCGUCGGGCUCACCCUCGGGCCUCGGGGUGAAAGCCACCGGCCGCGGCCACUGAAUCCUGCACCGCGAAGCACGUCGCGCGGCGCGUCCCGUACUGGCACCGAUCGGCCUGCACCCGUAGAGGGCAACUUACGUGCGAAAUGGCGUGUCUUACCUCAGCCGGGCGGUGGUGACACUGAAGUUUCGGGUCGUGAGUUCUAGCAGAAGGUCGGGUGCCAUUUCAUUUCAGUUUCCGCAGCUCCUUUCCUACCAGCUACCAGAAGAGUCCAGAGUCUCUGAUGAGGCCAGUGGGGGUCGCAGUUGUCCUGAAAUACGUGCUUCAGUCCGUGGCCCUCGUGCGGAAAACCCUCAACUCUGCCCAAAAGGGAGAUUCUGGCCGGGGAUUCUUGGUGCCUGACCCGCCGCCUCCCACGGGGCUCCUGCGCGGGACAAAAGUGACAGGAGCCGGACCAGCUCCGAGUUCUGCCCCUCCGUCCUGCUGCGACUCUGCUCCACGGACUGAAGGCGCCUUAGGAUGAUACCGGAUGGAAACACGCUCGUUCUCCUCUACUCGGUAGAAAAAAUCUGGGAUUUCUGAAGGACAUCAUAGUUAGUGAAAGUGGCACAGAAGCCUGAGGGCGCAGGCACAUUGAGGCCCGGAGUCGUGUGGCCAGUUAAAUGUGGGUAUACUGACAUGGAGCUCCGAAUGAGUGCAGAACUCCGACGGUCGAACAACAGGCCCCCAGGUGACAACCGCAGCCUCUCGGUCUGACGUCAUCCAUUUUCCAGUUCUUCUGGAACUUCACUUCAUCUGUCCACGAAUCGCCCCGGAUCCUGACCGGCGGGCGCGCUCGCGAAGCACCAGAAUCGGCGGUGCCUCCACCGCGCUGCGCACCCCCUGCCCCCCCGGGAUGCCCCUGAUGUAGACUCCAUGGGGCAGGGACCUUGGGUUUGCUCACGGUGCAGUCCCUCGCUUACAACAUUGCCUGGCACUUAGUAGGAGCCCAAUAAAUGCUCGGUGAAGGAGUCCAUUCCGCCGCAGGGUCCUGGAGGGGACACGAAAGGCACCAAGAAUUUCACCUUGCACUGUCAGUUUUAGUUUUGGAGAAUACCCCGAAUGGGAAGACGUGAAAGGCAGCCAUUCUUUAAAAUCUUUAUACUCGAAGCUGUUUUAGAACCAGGUCAAGGUCCCGAUCGUGGAAACGUCUAGAGGACACAACCUAGAAUGUCACUGAGUUCCCCACCCUGGAAGGUGCGGCGGCCUCAGCCUAGGGGACGCCGGUGGGCGCAGGGAGAAAGGUGAACGAGGAAAGCUGAAGAGAAGAAAGCGGGUGGCAGUCUGGAGAGCAAGGAAGAAAGGGCAAAGGGAGGACAGGAGUGAAAAGAAAGCUGAGAGGCACCAACACUAGCGGCUGAAAGAAAAACCAGUUAGAAAACGUUGCGGCUAUUGAGGUCAAUUAAUAGCCCUCAACCACAGCACACCCAGUCGGUGGCGUGCGGUGAUGGUUAGUGGUUAGUACUCCGCGAUGCGACCCUAGUAACCUUGGCUUGAAUCCGAGUUGUGACGUUGUCUAACUCGCUAUUUUCCUCUUUAAACAAACCCCCAGUAAAGCCGGAGAUACGGUGCGAUUUCCCGCUUUGAAACUGGUGACCGUCGGCAGUUAGAUUGGGCUCUCGAGGUCCCCCGUGGCGGUGCUCCCAGCCUGAGCCCUCCACCCGCCUAACCUGGGGUAAGGCCGCAGGUCGCCGCGAGCCAAAGUCUGCAGCGCCCGCAUUCCGCACCCCUUAUCCCGGCUCCCGCCCUCGCCCCCCAAGGGGCAAGGCAAAGACUGCAAAAGGGCCUGACGGGCUGUGAGAAAGGAAAAAGCGUGCAUCUGGAACCACUAACUUUAAUUUAUGCGUCAGACUCUGAAGAAAAGCAUCCAGCAUGGUUGGGAAACGAAUUCUUAGGAGAAGUUUAGGCAACCGAACUACUAUUAAGUAGAAGACAUCCCAGCUUUUCAUCAUCUAGUUUGUGCAGUCCGUAAUGUAUGGUUUCUGCUGUCUCAAUUAUCAUACAGUGAAACUGACUUUCUUUUGGUACAAAUUCUCCAUAAUUAGAAUACAUAAGUUUCAUCUCACUAAAAAUCUUAGUGCUAUCUUGUUACAGUGU